AUGCUGCACCUGAUCGUCAUCUCGCUGUCGGUGGAGAUUGUCGUCUACUCCACCAAGCAGCUUUGCCUGUUCGUGAUGGCCUCCGACCUGUGCUGCGUGCUCACCUCGUUCCUCUACAUUGCCAUCAAGGAGUCGGCCGAGCGCGAGCCGGGCUACUCGACCAUGCAGAGCCUCGAGCUGCUGCGCAACAGCGUCGUCGUCACGGCAGAAUCGUGUCUUCUACUGGUGACCAACUUGUGCCUGAUGGUCACCCUCUAUUCCGAGAUCAAGGCCGCCGGCAAAACGAAGGAAUACACGGUCAACAACAUUGGGGUGUCGCUGCACAAGUACGACAUUGAGUACGGGGCCCCGCGACAGCCGGCCGUCAAGUCGAAGCGUGGCCCGAUUGGCAAGUUGGUCGCCUACGGGGCCGACUCGAUCGGGAUGGGCGCUGCAAAGAAGGAGGACGUCGAGGCGCCGAAGGACAAUUCGGGAAGCUGCCGCCGCAAGCCGGCUACCGCCCCGGAGUCGAGCUGCAAGACGGCCCAGCCGGCCUCUGGAGGAUUGGAUGCUCAA